UUUUGUCAAGUCAUGAGCAAUUUUAAGGACAUAAAGUCGACCUGUCAACUGAGCUCGGAUAAUAAUUCCGUGAGCAGCAAUGACUGGGAUAUGGCCAAUGAUGUGUUUGUGACCUGCUACGAGGACCCGAUGGGAGAGAAUAUACACGGGGAGAUGGACUCGGUCCAGUCCGGCUUGGAAAUACACCUGCCUCCGCUGCUGCUAGGCGAUCACCGUUUAUCUCAGGACAGCAUGCUAUUGGGCCUAGUGGAGGAAGCUUACUCGGGCUAUCAUCCUCUCCCCGACUCGGGGACAGACUAUUUGGAUAUCACAAACGACCUGAACUACACCGAAAGUGAUGGGAAUGUGACUACAAAGAAACGUAACCGCUCCACCAGUUCCAGGCACCGCGGGGAGGUCGUCACCGAGCUGGGACCAGAGGAAGUGCGAUGGUUCUACAAAGAGGACAAGAGAACAUGGAAGCCAUUUGUUGGCCACGACUCUUUGAAAAUUGAAGUCAUUUACCGCAAAUUAUGUGAACUAAAUCCCUGCAAGGUCAAAUGUCGGAGUCCCACCACCGAACAAGAGGAUGCCAGUGAGUCGGCCACGGGUUCCGAGCCCCAACUGGUAGAUGUGGCACACGGGGGAGCUGUUCAAGCAGAGACGGCGACAGGGGACGCAGAGGUUGGAGGGGACAGAGAAUGGGAGAAAGAUGAACUCGACCUGGAUUCCAUAAGUGUAAACGUUGAGGCUGUUUGCGUCAGAGGUGGUCUCUACGAAGUGGACGUCAAAGACAAAGAAUGUUACCCCGUCUACUGGAACCAGCAGGACUGUAUUGCCGUGAUGAGGGGUCAGUGGUUCGUCGACGGCACGUGGCUUCCCCUUGAGGAGGACGAGAGUGACCUCAUCGAGCUGGAGCACCUUGCCCGUUUCAGGGGGCACCAGACGAGGGAGACCUACGAGGCCGCCAUUGAAGUGGUGACCACUACAGUGGACAACAAGGAUGGUAAAGCGGAUGGACUCAAUGCAAUCCAGAGUUUGAAACUGAGCCGAAGCCAUGUGGACUGGCACAGUGUGGACGAGGUGUAUCUCUACAGUGAUGCCACCACCUCCAAGAUCGCACGCACUGUCACCCAGAGACUGGGCUUCUCCAAAGCUGGCAGUAGUGGGACGCGUCUCCAUCGGGGCUAUGUGGAGGAGGCAGCGCCCGAGGACACCCCGCCCGAAACAACACACAUCGUCUUUGUGGUGCACGGGAUUGGUCAGAAGAUGGACCAGGGCCGCAUCAUCAGGAACACAAGCAUGAUGAGGGAGGCUGCUAGAAAGAUGGAGGAGAAGCAUUUCUCAGAUCGUUCCACAGGACACGUGGAGUUCCUUCCUGUGGAGUGGAGGUCCAAACUGUGCCUGGAUGGAGACACGGUGGACUCCAUCACUCCAGACAAGGUUCGUGGACUCAGGGACAUGCUCAACAGCAGUGCCAUGGACAUCAUGUACUACACCAGCCCUCUGUACAGAGACGAGAUCACUAAGGGUCUAACUCAGGAGCUGAAUCGUCUCUACAGCCUCUUCUGCAUGCGGAACCCUGAGUUUGGGGAGAGUGGCAAGGUGUCCAUCGUGUCCCACUCCCUGGGUUGUGUCAUAACCUUCGACAUCAUGACAGGCUGGGAUCCGGUACACUUCCGUCAUGAAGAACUAUGGGCCGAACCCGAGGUGAUGCAAGAGCGCUGGCCAAGCUGUCAGGGGCGUCAACUACAAGAGGAGAUGAGACUCACACGACUCAGGUUACGAGAUUUGGAAAAUCAGUUUGCUGGGUUGCAAUCCCCGUCAUCUGAAGGCUCUUCUUCAGCCUUGAAAUUUAAGGUGGAGAACUUUUUCUGCAUGGGUUCUCCCCUUGCCGUGUUCUUGGCGUUACGAGGGAUCCGACCGGGGAACAACGUGACUCAGGAUCACAUCUUACCCAAAUCCAUCUGCCAACGUCUCUUCAACGUCUUUCAUCCUACCGACCCUGUGGCUUACCGAUUGGAGCCACUGAUCUUAAAGAACUACAGUAACAUUUCACCUGUCCAAAUACACUGGUAUAACACAUGUAGUCCGACACCGUACGACCAGAUCCGUCCCACGCUGCUCAACCCUGCACUGAAGGAGAGAGCAUCCAUCUCGGACACGGAGAGCCUCCCCAGCCCCUGUACCUCCCCCCCUCAGACCCGAAGACACUACGGAGAGUCCAUCACAAACCUGGGGAAAGCCAGCAUUAUGGGCGCGGCCAGUCUCGGGAAAGGCAUUGGCGGGAUCUUCUUCUCCCGCUUCUCACGCUCAAGUGGUCAGGUGGGCAACGUGGAGGAGGAGCCUUCCGAUUCAGAGGGCGGGGUCUUGGAGGUGGAUAAUGCCGUAUCAGGAGAGGAGGGUGUGGCUACGGAGUUAGAGAAGUUACCUGUAGUAGAGGAGACAAGGGAAAUAGAGUCCUCCAUAUCUCGGUCCACCUCAGCUAUCCUGGACAACACCACAUUGGAGUUGGAGAGGCGCAUUGACUUUGAGCUGCGAGAAGGCAUGGUGGAGAGCCGCUAUUGGUCGGCGGUGACCUCGCACACAGCCUAUUGGUGUUCACACGACGUGGCACUGUUUCUUCUCACCUUCAUGUAUAGACAGGGGUAUCCCACUCAGCUCUCUGAGGAUAACCCAGAGUUAUCCUAACCCACAGCCAACACACACAGAGAGAGGAACACACACACACACACAGACACACAGACACACAGAGAGAGACACACUCUUUUUCCCUUUUCCUCAACACAUAUAAUAGUCUCCCAGUGCCAGUGUACACACAGAAAUUUGCGACCAGACCGAUUAGACAUAACUGUGUAUCAGAGACCACUUCACAGCCUGUGGUCAGCCUGUGGUAAGCCUGUGGUCAUCCCGUCAAAGACCGUACCCUUUACCCUAUGGUCCUAAUAGUGACUGUUCCUCAUAUACCCACCCUGUGGGUUUAUUGAAGACUUUACUCCCCAGGCACACACCAACCUCAAUGAAGACUGUUCCUCUUUCCUGUGACUAAAUGAUGACUCUAGGAUCAAGCAUCUGUCAGUGUUCAUUAUCUUGGACUCGGCAGUGACUGUGUUGGUGUCGGACACAGCUUUGAGUGAGUCUGUGUGACUCCUGAAACUGUAGCCAUGCCUCUAGCCCAACCUCUCCUCUCACAACUCCCAGCAUCAACACUCAUUUAGAUGUUUAGCCUGUUGAGAGCGUUACAUCCAAAUCCAUCCCUCAGAACAUUGAAACCCAUUUGAUUUCAUCAUUUGAUUUCAACCCGUUAGGUGGAUCAAAGUGGAUUGUUGCAGAAGGUUUGAAGUAGCCUGGUUAAACAUURUUUUUUCCGUUCAGUCUGGUUCGACCAGGCUAGGGUUAAUGCUGCUUUAUUGAUGAGGUCAUUGGACCUGAGCACGUGGUAGAGUAAAUAGAAUGUAGCUCUAUAGACUACCUGUACUGCUAUGAUGAUGAUAUGUUGAGGUACCAUGUUUACACUAACUAACUAACUGAACGUUUUUAUAAGGGAUGAUGGAAAGAUGCUAAUGUUAAGUAGACAAUUUGAGCAAAGUUGCCAUAUACAGUUAUUUGCUUGUCUCAUAACUUAAUGGCAGGUUCGGUCUCUUGGCUGAUCCAUCCAUCGGGAAGACCACAGAAUUGUUUUAGUUCUACCGUGAAUUGUCUUGAUCCAACAGAGCACUACUAUAUCUGUUUGUACUACUAACAUGUUGCACAUAACGCAGUAACUUUCUAGUCAGGCAACAAACAGACAACAUAUCAGUAAAACAAGAGGAACACAGGCACGAAGGACCCAUGCAACAUAUUUUAUUUACAUCCAAGUAACGAAAGAGAGUUGCAUUGGAGAGGACUGGAUAAUACACUGUACUAAUACAAUAUACUUUAUUAGAAUCAAUAAUGAUUUGGGUCAAAAUGAAAACAAAGCAUGCAGUAUGUACAUGCUUGGGCUCCCGAGUGGCGCAGCGGUCUAAGGCACUGCAUCUCAAGUGCAAAACGUGACACUACAGUCCCUGGU